AUGGCCGAAGUCCAAUCACCACCCGCGCAAAAGGCGAUCGCGACGCCCGAAAAUGUCUCCCUCGACCCGUCCACAUCGCUCGAGCCCUUCCACAUCGACCGAACUCAGGGCAAGAAGGUCAAAAAGAUCAUCCGCCGCAAGCGCCGCCCCGCCCGGCCGCAAGUCGAUCCCGCGACGUUCAAAACCGACGCGCCCCCGCCCACAGGCACAAUCUUCAACAUCUGGUACAACAAAUGGUCGGGCGGCGAUCGCGAGGACAAGUACCUGUCCAAGACUGCCGCACAGGGGCGUUGCAACGUCGCCAAGGAUAGCGGCUACACCAAAGCGGACCGCACUCCCGGGUCGUACUUCUGUCUGUUCUUUGCGCGCGGGAUAUGUCCCAAGGGCGUCGACUGCGAGUACCUGCACCGGUUACCCACCGUCACCGACAUUUUCCCGAGUAACAUCGACUGCUUCGGGCGCGACAAGCACAGCGAUUACCGCGACGACAUGGGCGGCGUCGGCUCCUUCCAGCGGCAAAACCGCACGCUGUACGUCGGGCGCAUCCACGUCACCGACGACAUUGAAGAGAUUGUCGCGCGCCAUUUCCAGGAAUGGGGCCAGAUUGAGCGCAUCAGGGUGUUGACAGCGCGCGGCGUCGCCUUCAUUACAUAUCUGAAUGAGGCGAAUAGCCAGUUCGCGAAGGAGGCCAUGGCGCAUCAGAGCCUCGAUCACACAGAGAUUCUGAACGUGCGCUGGGCAACGGUCGAUCCAAAUCCGGCGAGUCAGAAGCGCGAGGCCGCGAGGAUCGAAGAGCAGGCGGCGGAGGCGAUCAGGAAGGCGCUGCCGGCGGCGUAUGUGGCGGAGAUUGAAGGGCGCGACCCGGAGCAGAAGAAGAGGCGGAAGAUCGAGGGCGGGUUUGGGCUCGAGGGAUAUGAGGCGCCGGAUGAGGUGUGGUAUGCGAAGGAGAAGAGUGAUUGGGAGGCAGCGAGGGAGAUUGAGGCCGGUGGCUCAGGCGAGAGACCGAUGAUCGAGGCCGCUGAGGACACACAGCCGGAGAUGCUGGCGCAGCAAGGUGGGAAUGGAAUUUUCUCUAGCUCUACGCUGGCGGCUUUGAAGGGAUACACCGCUGCGCCUACAAACAAGCGGUCAGCGCCUACUGCAGGUCCGCUGGUUGGCUCAAAACUGCGCAACUCCUUCUCUCUCACAGCCUUUCAGAAAUCCUUCCCACCCAUUCCCCCCGCCACCGACAUACCUCCGUCCAGCCCAUUUGCUCUUCCUCUCCUCUUUCUCUUCCGCCACAUCGGCAUCGUCUUCUUCAUCACCCCUCAAACACACCCCACCAUCGACCUCAUCCGCCUCGCGAAACAAGCGCCGUCCUGCCUGUCUCUCGCCCUCAUUUCCACUCCCACAUCCAAAAGCACACGCGCGGCGUCCACAGCUCGUCCAGAACCUGUAUUCAGCCGUCUGCGCCUCAUCGAGAGGUUUGAGCGCGAGUAG